UAAUCGAUAGUGGGGACUAGAGCUUAGGUUAUCCAUCUCUCCACCACUAAGGUGCACCUAGGGUAGGAACCAUGGUAACUUCGAAUUCAAUUAAAGUCGCGUGCACGGGACCAAAUACAAUCAAAUACUACAACCAAAUAAGAAACAAAGACCCCUAAUCCUAACCGAAACACCAAACACCCGACAUCUUAUACUCACCUAAAUAAAAGAAACUUUUUUGUUUUAUAGGUCCUUAUUAUGUCAUCCUCAACCGGCUUAGGCCGCACACGGUCAAUUCGUAAACCGACAGUUGGCAAAGACGAUGUCAGCAAAAGGGACGGUCCCUCGGUACGGAGCGAGGCUAGGGGACAUUCGCCUAGCCGACUACCGGUGAAGCCCGCGAUGACCACACGGUCGGCUGCAGCGAGCGCGGCAGCUUCCUCAUCUACCGCCGCCUCGCGAAUUAGAGCAACGAGCUCGACUAUAAGUAGAAGCGUAUCCAAUUCUCACACCAGGACUUCAUCCACAAGAACAGAUAGCAGCGGAAACACUGCGACGAAACCCGUGGGCAGAGCAGCCUCUACUCGUGAUCGUGACAGGCCGCCAAUUACUUCGACGAACCGCACCGCGACCGGUCGACCGCGAUCCUCUGGCGGGCCACCCGCAACGGCGGUCGCUACCCGACCGGGACCGGGCCACACACGAGCGAAAUCCAACGUAACGAGCCUGACGCCGGCCACGACACUUCGCCCGGUAUCUCAAGUAUCUCAAGGGACCGUCACGACGACCUCAUCCGGCGGCCGGACGAGUCCGCCCGCAAGCACGAUCACAACGAGUUCCAAAAUCCAGACGCGCUCGCAAACCCGGCCACGCCAAACAUCCCAAUCUCACUCCGCCACGACAACCAGCACCCAGGCCCCAUCCCACGCACCCACCACCGGUCUCGCCAGCCGCCCCGCCUUCAACACCCAUCAGCAGCACUACAGCCCCGCCAAAUCGCUCGCCCCGAAACCCCUAACCUCGACCUUCCUCGCGCCCCCCUCUCCGUCCAAGCUCCCCGCGAACGUCGCCAUAUCCGCCGAGACGAGCCGCCUGCAGACGGAGCUCCUGCAGCUCUCGCUCCUGCACCGCGACGCCGCCGCCGUCGACGGCGAGUGGCACGCCAGCGCGCGCCAAAAGCUCGGCGACAGGUUCGCGCGGCUCGCCAAGGACAACGACGCCCUGCUCGGCCUCGAGCGGCGGGGCGUAGAGGCGCGGAACGUGGCCGCGCUCGCGAAAUGGGGGAAUCCCGGCACCAGAAACGGGCUGGGACUAGAGGAGAAGAUACAGAUCCUGGACGAGGUCCUGAACGGGGUGUGGCAGCUCGGGGAGCCGGGCGGGCGGUAUGCGCGGGUGGUUGCCGGUUUCGAAGUUUGGGCCGAGCGCAUGGCGGCCAUUGUUACCGCGCAGCGGAGCGACAACGUCGAUGUCCUGGUCGAGGGCGACGAGGUGCUGUUCCUGGGCGAGCUAGAUGCGGGUUGGAAGCACGAUUGUGUCAGUCUUCAGCGCAAGCUCGAGGGGUGGCGUGUUGCGCUACGAGAUUUAGGUGAUAUCGACGAUUCUCCCCCGGACACCGGCUCGGAGCUAGAGUCGCGUUCUAGCUUACUUCGCAUGGUAGACGGGUGUCGGGCUCUCGUCCACGAUAUGCUGUCCGAAUUAGCGGUGAUGGCGCAAAUCGAGCAGGACGCGGCGCGGGCGGAGGACGAGUGGAUAGAGCGCACGAAUAGGGCGAUAGAAGACGAGGACGAUGAUACGCCUGCGGCGCGGGCGUACGUGCCGUUGUGGAAGCUGGCUACGUGAUUUACUAUCGUCACCUUACCUGCUUCCCCACGUCUAUUAUACCUACCUACCUACCUUUUCUAUCUGUGUACCUUAGGUGUAUACUGUGUACUAUAAGUCAAAUUGAUGGCAUAAUGGGAAACGAGAGGAUACGAUACGAAACCGGAACGGCGUUCAGAGCGAUACGUUACAUGCGUACUAAUGAUUAAGUAAUGAUAAUAAGAUAAGAGUGAACUAAUCGUAAUGCGUAUGAUGGCGAUGCGAUUGGUUGGUUUCUAUAUAUCUAUCCGUGUGACGA